AGACACACAUGUAGCUGCCGGCUGGUGGCUGCUUGCUGCUUCUUCUUCUCCACUCCGCUCCGUUCCUCCCCUAUCGGAUCUCACUUUCACCUCACCACACCACACCAGGAAUAUGAAUUUGUUAUGAGGGAUCGUUACAGAGAGUGGGGGUAAUUCCACCAUUUCCCUGAAUGAAUCGAUAAAUCAUGUUCAGGAUCAUCAAAAGAGGGAAGAAGAGUUCUUCCAAAUCGGAGGCUGCCGAGAUUCCAAUACCUACCUCCGGCGCAUCUCCCGAUGUGAUUUGCAAUCAUGCUUCGCGGAUUGCCGCGGAUUCGACGGCGGCCGCCUCGGGAUCGGCGGACCAGCCGUCUCAGCUCGUGGUGCGUUUGGCCAACGCGCCUCCCAACCCUAGCGCUGAAAUUCUGCCGAUGUUGAAGGAGGUCCCACCCUCCCAGCGCCACUCCCUCUUCAUCCGCAAGCUUCAAAUCUGCUGUAUGCAAUUCAAUUUCACGGACACCAUGAAAUCCGCCCGUGAAAAGGAGAUCAAGCGCCAAACCCUAUCCGAGCUCAUUGAUUUACUCCAUACAGGAUCUAUCAAGAUGAAUGAACUGAUGCAGGAGGAUCUGGUUUGGAUGAUAUCAGCUAAUAUUUUUCGCUGUUUCCCCCCUGCACCCCACCAUGGUGCUGGGGGCGAGGGUGGGGGCGGAGACCCCGAGGAGGAUGACAUGUUCUUAGAACCGUCAUGGCCUCAUUUGCAACUCGUGUACGAACUUCUCCUUAGAUACGUGUUGUCCACCGACAUUGACACCAAGAUUGCCAAGCGAUAUCUCGACCACACGUUUCUUCUUAAGCUGAUUGACUUGUUUGAUUCAGAAGAUGCAAGGGAAAGGGAUUAUUUGAAGACCAUUCUUCACCGUAUAUACGGCAAGUUUAUGGUUCAUCGCCCGUUUAUAAGGAAGGCAAUAAACAACAUUUUCUACAAGUUUAUCUUCGAAACGGAGAGGCAUAAUGGGAUUGGUGAGUUGUUGGAGAUUCUUGGGAGUAUAAUAAACGGGUUUGCAGUGCCAAUGAAAGAAGAGCACAAGCUGUUCCUCGUCCGAGCUCUAGUUCCACUUCACAAGGCUAAAUGCAUGUCUGAGUAUCAUCACCAGUUGGCAUACUGCACUGUACAGUAUGUUGAGAAAGAUUAUAGAUUGGCUGAUGUGGUGAUUAGGGGUCUGCUUAAGUACUGGCCGGUUACUAAUUGCGGGAAGGAGGUUCUCUUUAUUGGUGAGCUUGAAGAAGUUCUGGAAGCUACACAGCCUGCUGAGUUUCAUCGUUGUAUGGUUCCUCUUUUCAAACAAAUUGGAAGAAGCCUCAAUAGCUCCCAUUUCCAGGUUGCAGAGAGGGCUCUGUUCUUAUGGAACAAUGAGCAUAUAGUAGAACUGAUUGCGCUGAACCGGCAUGCCAUUUUGCCAAUCAUUUUUCAAGCACUGGAGAGGAAUGUCAAGUCUCACUGGAACCAAGCAGUCCACGGGCUGACCUCCAACGUCCGGAAAAUGUUCCUUGAGAUGGAUGCUGAGCUUUUCGAGGAGUGUCAGCGAGACUAUGAUGAAAAAGAAGCCAUUGCCGGAGACUUGUUAGAGAAGCGCGAACAAACAUGGAAAAGACUAGAAGACGCCGCUAUGCAGGCUGCCGGGGGAUAAUAAUUACAAUAAAAACAAAAUCUUGGGGUUUUUUAAAAAAAUUAAAAUUAUUUAUCUUGAUUUUUUUUCCUUUUAUUUGUGUGUGGUUUGAGCUGUGCAGAAGGGGAUAGAUAGAUAGAGAGAGAUCAAGCUUUUCUCUUCUGCUUUCUUGCUACUAGCUACUACUACUACAGUGAGGAGGCCAAAGGUAUGGGAUAUUGUUUUUAUCAACCAGUCUUUUGACCAAUUCCUUCUGAUUUUCUUCUUCAUUUUGUCAUUUAGAUGCACCACUCAUUCUUUUGACAUUUUGGACAAAACAAAAUAAUAUAGUGUGAUUGACCCCUACCCCCUUAAUACCUCUCAGAAUAGGAAAAUGAACUGUAGAUUGAUUG